AUGGAUGAUCACGUCAAGCAGGCCCAGGCCCUCGCUCUGAGCUGCGAACAAGCCGGACUACGAAUCGCAUCGGCGUCUGAGGAGUACAGGGCACAUAGGUUCAAGGAGGACAAAUUAGGCCUCCCUGGUGCACUAGCAUCGGAUACGUCUAUGAAGAUUAAACAUAUGCGGAGGAUCAAGUUGAAGUACUUGGAGGUCUGCGCGCAGGAUCAGUACAUCAAAUGUAUCGUCGCAGAUGACCCGCCCGAGAUUAAUGACGAGGACACGGAGGCCGUGCUUGAGGAGAGCAUGCGAACAAAAGCUACCUUGAAGGCAUCGAAGGCCGCUCUUGCGGAGAAGUAUGAGGAUAUCCGUAGGUUGGCGCCACUGGUGCAAGAUGAUUACGACAAGGUUACGAGGGCGCACCAAGAAGCUUCUGAGCUUGCUUCAAAGGAACUGGAUACUCGUCUUGCUCUCGUACGCUUACGUCGCGACCACUCCGGGCCUCGCUACACGGUCGCGUCUGCGGAGGAAAAGGCGGCCGCGCAGGUACAAGACAUGCAAACAUUGGAACUCGACCUACAGCGGAACAAGCAACGGCUUGCACAGUACAAGGAGAGAAUGAAAGAACUGUACAAGGAGGAAUCCCGCCUACGUUCCGAACGGGCUCAACUGGAAAAGAAGUACGGCCAGCGCAGCGGGCCCAGCCCAGAAGACGCGGCUACUCGCGAACGAUACCUAGAGAUGAUAUCAACACAUUGCGCCCUGGACGGGCUACAGUCUAUACAUAUUGCGGCCGAGAACGAGCUUCGUCUGACCUACGAUGUGGUCUCAAGAGAGGACUACAACGCUGUCCGGCGCAUCGUCAUCGCGUUGAUAUUUAUACCCAACUCUCGGCGCUUAAGCCAUGCGGUUGUCGAAGGAUUCGAGGAGGACGAGCUUGACGUCGACGCACUCACCAGUGCCUACUUGAACGCGAACGACGCUCCUGGGCUGGUGGAUUCUGUACUGAACCACGGCCGUCAGCUCUUACAAUCCCACUGA